AUGAAAACCAGUGUAGCUUGUGUAUGGUCAGUUAAAGGGAUGAAAACCAGUGUAGCUUGUGUAUGGUCAGUUAAAGGGAUGAAAACCAGUGUAGCUUGUGUAUGGUCAGUUAAAGUGAUGAAAACCAGUGUAGCUUGUGUAUGGUCAGUUAAAUUGAUGAACACCAGUGUAGCUUGUGUAUGGUCAGUUAAAGGGAUGAAAACCAGUGUAACUUGUGUAUGGUCAGUUAAAGUGAUGAAAACCAGUGUAGCUUGUGUAUGGUCAGUUAAAGAGGUGAAAACCAGUGUAGCUUGUGUAUGGUCAGUUAAAGGGAUGAACACCAGUGUAGCUUGUGUAUGGUCAGUUAAAGGGAUGAAAACCAGUGUAGCUUGUGUAUGGUCAGUUAAAGUGAUGAAAACCAUUGUAGCUUGUGUAUGGUCAGUUAAAGGGAUGAACACCAGUGUAGCUUGUGUAUGGUCAGUUAAAAGGAAGAACACCAGUGUAGCUCGUGUAUGGUCAGUUAAAGGGAUGAAAACCAGUGUAGCUUGUGUAUGGUCAGUUAAAGGGAUGAAAACCAGUGUAGCUUGUGUAUGGUCAGUUAAAGGGAAGAACACCAGUGUAGCUUGUGUAUGGUCAGUUAAAGGGGUGAAAACCAGUGUAGCUUGUGUAUGGUCAGUUAAAGGGAUGAAAACCAGUGUAACUUGUGUAUGGUCAGUUAAAGGGGUGAAAACCAGUGUAGCUUGUGUAUGGUCAGUUAAAGGGGUGAAAACCAGUGUAGCUUGUGUAUGGUCAGUUAAAGGGAUGAAAACCAGUGUAACUUGUGUAUGGUCAGUUAAAGGGAUGAAAACCAGUGUAGCUUGUGUAUGGUCAGUUAAAGGGGUAAAAACCAGUGUAGCUUGUGUAUGGUCAGUUAAAGGGAUGAAAACCAGUGUAACUUGUGUAUGGUCAGUUAAAGGGAUGAACACCAGUGUAGCUUGUGUAUGGUCAGUUAAAGGGGUGAAAACCAGUGUAGCUUGUGUAUGGUCAGUUAAAGGGAUGAACACCAGUGUAGCUUGUGUAUGGUCAGUUAAAGGGAUGAAAACCAGUGUAGCUUGUGUAUGGUUAGUUAAAGGGAAGAACACCAGUGUAGCUUGUGUAUGGUCAGUUAAAGGGAUAUAAACCAGUGAAGCUUGUGUAUGGUCAGUUAAAGGGAUGAAAACCAGUGUAACUUGUGUAUGGUCAGUUAAAGUGAUGAAAACCAGUGUAGCUUGUGUAUGGUCAGUUAAAGGGGUGAAAACCAGUGUAGCUUGUGUAUGGUCAGUUAAAGGGAUAUAAACCAGUGUAGCUUGUGUAUGGUCAGUUAAAGGGAUGAAAACCAGUGUAGCUUGUGUAUGGUCAGUUAAAGGGGUGAAAACCAGUGUAGCUUGUGUAUGGUCAGUUAAAGGGAAGAACACCAGUGUAGCUUGUGUAUGGUCAGUUAAAGUGAUGAAAACCAGUGUAGCUUGUGUAUGGUCAGUUAAAGGGAUGAAAACCAGUGUAGCUUGUGUAUGGUCAAAUAAAGUGAUGAAAACCAGUGCAGCUUGUGUAUGGUCAAUUAAAGGGAAGAACACCAGUGUAGCUUGUGUAUGGUCAGUUAAAGGGAUGAAAACCAGUGUAGCUUGUGUAUGGUCAGUUAAAGGGAUAUAAACCAGUGUAGCUUGUGUAUGGUCAGUUAAAGUGAUGAACACCAGUGUAGCUUGUGUAUGGUCAGUUAAAGGGAUGAAUGACAGUGUAGCUUGUGUAUGGUCAGUUAAAGGGAUAUAAACCAGUGUAGCUUGUGUAUGGUCAGUUAAAGUGAUGAACACCAGUGUAGCUUGUGUAUGGUCAGUUAAAGGGAUGAACACCAGUGUAGCUUGUGUAUGGUCAGUUAAAGGGAUGAA